AUGGCUAUUGUUGCUCAUUUUGAUCUAGAACUCAAUAAAAUGGAUGUUAGGGCCGCCUUCUUGAAUGGAGAUUUAUCUGAAGAUGUUUACAUGAAUCAACCUGUUGGUUUUGAGAAGUCUUGCAAAGAACACGUGGCGGUAGAUCAAAUUACCGCUAACAACAAUUUCUGCUUUGCUCAACACCAAAACAACCAAGGCUCACCCCAGAGCUCAAUUCCUGGUCAUAUCGUUAUCAACCGUGACCGGGAAAAUGUUGAUUGUAACAUCUUCAAUGAAUAUUUUGCAGAGAAUCCUCAGUUUAAUGAUUCUAUGUUUCGCCGAAGAUUUCAAAUGGGUUGUGCUUUGUUCCUUCAUAUUUUUGAUGCUAUACAAGGCCAUGACAAUUACUUCGUCCAACGAAGGGAUGGAAUCGGUAAACUUGGGCUAUCGGGUUUGCAAAAAGUAACAACUGUAUUUUUAAUGUUGACAUACGGUGUACCAGCAGAUGCUACCGAUGAAUACAUCAAAAUAAGAGAAUCUACUGCUUUAGAAAGUUUGAAGCAAUUUUGUCGUGCUUUUGUCGAGGUAUUUGGAGCCUGCUAUCUCUAA